AUGGGUUCGUUAAACAUACAGCACAAUGGCUACCAUGCCGACGUGGAAAAGAUAAGAGAAGAAGAGUAUCCUAUGCUGAAGGACUCCAUCUACCUCGACCAUGCCGGCACCACCCCCUAUCCCAAGUCCCUCAUGGACCGUUUCGCCCAAGAGAUGACCACCAACCUCUUUGGCAACCCCCACUCCGCCUCAGCUUCCUCCCAACUAUCAACUCAGCGCAUCCAAGACAUCCGUCUCCGAGCUCUGCAAUUCUUCAACGCCGACCCAGCCGACUUUGAUCUCGUCUAUGUCGCCAACGCCACAGCCGGUAUCAAGCUGGUUGUCGAUGCUAUGAGAUGUCUGCCCACGGGCUUUGACUAUGUCUACCACCAAGCCAGUCACACCAGCCUGGUAGGCGUCCGGGAAGAGGCUCAAAGUAGCGCUUGUCUGGACACUCGACAGAUGGAAGACUGGUUAUCAGGGAGCUACCCCUUUGACAACAACGAAGACGCAGAAAGACCAAUACUCUUCGCCUACCCAGCCCAAUCCAACAUGGACGGCCGUCGCUUUCCCCUUUCUUGGUCUUCCCAGAUUCGUCGGCAGUGUCAAUCGCCAACCAACAAACGAAAGAUCUACACCCUCCUAGACGCCGCCGCUCUCGUAUCAUCUUCCCCCUUGGACUUGUCCAACGCCCAAACAGCGCCUGACUUUGUCGUCCUCUCUUUUUACAAAAUCUUUGGCUUUCCCAAUCUCGGCGCUUUGAUUGUUCGCAAAGAGUCCCAGGAUGUCUUUUCGUCUAGACGAUAUUUUGGCGGUGGGACGGUGGAUAUGGUUGUUUGUCUAAAGGAGCAAUGGCAUGCUCCCAAAGAUGGAUUUCUUCAUGAGAGAUUGGAGGAUGGGACGUUACCGAUACACAGUAUCAUCGCGUUGGACAUCGCUAUGGAUGUUCAUGCCAAGCUAUUUGAGUCGAUGGAGCGUGUAGCGGGCCAUACGGGAUUUUUGGCUAGGCGGCUAUAUCAAGGGCUGAAGGCGCUGAGGCAUGCGAAUGGUGAACCAGUUUGUGCCAUCUACUCGCCCGAUCCUGAGACGGAAGACAGCGGACCAGUGGUGGCGUUCAACAUCCGAAACGCACAAGGGAUAUGGAUCAGUCUCGCCGAAGUGGAAAAAUUGGCAACGCUAAAGGGCAUACAUAUCAGGACCGGAGGGGUGUGCAACCCCGGAGGCAUCGCCACCGCUUUGGGACUGGAGCCGUGGGAGAUGAAGCAGAACUUUUCUUCGGGGUUUCGAUGCGGAACGGAUAAUGAUACCAUGGGUGGAAACCCAACUGGAAUCAUCAGAGUGAGCCUAGGGACCAUGAGCACGAUAGCGGACGUGGAUCGGUUUGUCCAGUUUGUGGAGGAAUUUUACCGCGAGGAUACACCACCGACUUUACCUCCGCCAGAGACAAAACUUGAACCCUCACUACGAAACACACCAGAACUCUUCAUCAAAAGCAUAGUCGUCUACCCCAUCAAAAGCUGCGCCGGCUUCCACGUCCCCCCUGGCAUCGACUGGGAAGUCCGCUCCGAAGGCCUAGUCUGGGACCGCGAAUGGUGUCUAGUCCACCGCGGAUCAGGCCAAGCACUCAGCCAGAAACGAUACCCUCUCAUGGCACUUUUACGACCCAAUCUAGAUUUCACUAGGGGUGAACUCCAAGUUACUUAUGCCGGCGACGUCUCACCAUUGUCACGUUUACCAUCCUCGAUAUCGGUCCCCCUGUCCAAAAACCCAAAGAUGUACGCCCCCAAAAAAUCAGGCAUGUCCUCCCGCGUCUGCGGUGAGGAAAUCACACCCCAAACAUACGCUUCAGCACAAAUCAACGACUUCUUCUCGACUGUCCUCGGGGUACCCACUAAUGAUGCCGGGCGCUUUCCCUUCGCCUGA